AUGGCCGCCACCUCACCGAUGAUCCCAAUCUCGAACCCCCAAUCGGAAUCCGGUGCCCCCAUCGCCGCCACACCGGCCUUUCGCAGUUUUCUGUCUCGUCUGUCGGCCACCGUCCGGCAUGGCCUCUCCCAACGCCGCCCCUGGUCGGAGCUACUCGACCGAUCAUCAUUCUCUCGUCCCGACUCCCUCUCUGACGCCGUUUCCCGCAUUCGGAAUAACUUCUCCUACUUUCGCGUCAAUUAUAUUUCUCCAAUUGCAUUCCCGAUUGCCAUCCCUACUCUCUCCCUCCUCUCCCACCCAAUUUCACUACUUGUAUUACUGGCUCUAAUCGCCGCCUGGAUCUUCCUGUACCUAUUCCGGCCUUCGGAUCAACCGGUUGUUAUCGGUGGACGUACGUGUUCUGAUCGUGAAAUUCUGGGGAUUUUGGUGGUGGUCACCAUAGUUGUUGUGUUUCUCACAAGCGUUGGAUCACUGCUCAUCUCGGCGUUGCUUGUUGGUUUAGCUGUCGUUUGCACUCAUGGUGCGUUCAGGAUGCCGGAGGAUUUGUUUUUGGACGAUCAGGACUCGUCCAACGCUGGGUUUCUCUCGUUCCUCGGUGGUGCUGCUUCUUCUACCGCUGCAGCAGCAGCUCCGGCCGUCGCUACCAGGGUAUAAUUUUACUAAUAAUCCUAGGUAAGGUUGGUUUUGGUUUAAAUUUCAUGAUUAAUUGAAUAAUAUUCAAUUGAUCGUUAGAUGAAAUUAUGAGGAACUGUACUGGACCCAUUUUGGGAAAUUCGUUUCUGCUUUUGUCAUUAAAUAGAUUAGAUCUUUGACCUGUAAUAUCUGUGACCAAAUGCACCGUAUAAUGUUUCUUAAUGUUCUCGAAUGAUGCUUAGACUUCUUACACAAUUGAUUUUAUAGUGCAAUGCUGGUUGCUGGAUAAAUUGUAAUGAAGGUUAUCAGUGAAUACCUUAGAAAAUUGCACAAGUUUAGUCUGAAACGCGUGCACAAUAUUGGGAACUUGUUGGCCUUUGCCAUUACCCACGUUUAAGAUGGUGUUUAUUAUGGAAAUUUGUAACCUGAUCAUGGCCAUUUUUAUUAUGAGGAACUGUGUUGAACCCAUUUUUGGAAAUUCAUCAUUACUGCUUUUCUUAACAAGGUUAGAUCUUUGACUUGUAACAUCUGUUUCAAAUGCAUUGUGUGAUGUUUGUUAAUGUUCUA